AUGACCGCGGCCGAGCCAGAGGCCCACGUGAUCCACAGCAGCAAAAGCAACGGGGGCUCGGCGGCUAAUGCCGUCGAGAAGCCCGCGUUCCAGCAAACCAAGGUCGAAGAAAGAGCCAACGGGACAGGGGCAGCAGGCGGUGGUACUGACGUACCACCUCCCUCGCCCCCACCGGAAGAAAGAGACCAAACACCGGCGAAAAUGGAGCCGGCUCCGGCUCCUCCCCCAGAACCGGAUCUCAACAAUCUCCCGCAAAAUCCUCUGCCCAAACACCAGAAUAAACACGCCACCACCGCCGUUAAAGCCGUCAAAAGGUUGAAAGACGCCAGGCCUUUCCUGCAACCGGUAGACCCCGUUGCCCUCAACGUGCCGCUCUACUACAAUUUUAUCCAAAGACCCAUGGAUCUCGGGACGAUCGAGCGGAAGCUACAACACAACGCGUACGAGACUCCAGAACAGGUGUCUGCAGAUUUCAACCUCAUGGUCGAGAACUGUGUGCGUUUUAAUGGUGAAUCCGCAGCCAUCUCGCAAAUGGGUCGCAACAUCGAAGCUAGUUUCGAAAAGCAUAUGCUCGGAAUGCCCGCACGUGAUACACCUCCAAAACCACGCGUCAAAAGACGGCGUUCAGAGCUCGAAACACCCGUGGUCAUUCGUCGUGCUGAAUCUCACAACGGUAGACCAAAACGGGAGAUUCACCCACCAAAAUCCAAGGACAUUUACCCCUACGAGUCUUCCAAACCUCGUUCCAAGAAGCAUCAAACCGAACUACGGUUUGCUCAACAAGUGGUAAAGGAACUCAUGUCCAAAAAAUAUAGCUCUUUCAAUUACCCGUUUUUGGAACCCGUGGACCCUGUGGCCCUCAAUUGUCCCACAUAUUUCGAUUACGUGAAACAACCGAUGGAUUUGGGUUCAGUAAGCCGUAAGCUUAGCAAUUGGGAAUACGAAAAUGUUGAUCAAGUCGAAAGCGAUGUACGUCUUGUUUUCAAAAACUGCUAUGCGUUCAAUCCCGAUGGCACAAUUGUCAACAUGAUGGGUCACCGUCUGGAAGAAGUGUUCAACACCCGUUGGGUGGACCGUCCUAUUGUUCCAGAAGACGAAUCUGACGAAGAUGAAGAUGGAGAAUCGGAUUAUUCGAGUGACGAGAACGAGUUGGAUAUUAACGGUGGCUCUGGCACUGGUGCCGGUGGUGCUGGAGGACAUCUCGAUAAUGAAGUGGAUGAAAGUUUAAUCACAAAUCCGGCCAUCCAGUACUUGGAGCAACAACUAGAUCGCAUGAAAAUUGAAUUGCAAAACCUGAAGAAACAGGAAUUGGAACGCAUUCGUAAAGAACGUCGGUUGGCAAGAGGUACACGCAAAAGACGCACAGGCCGUAAGAAAUCUAAAGUUGAUUCCAACGGCCACAGUAGACGUAAGAAGAGCAAACUGAAAACGGUGGUUACUUACGACAUGAAGAAGAUCAUCUCUGAACGAAUCAAUGACCUGCCGGCAUCCAAGCUGGAAAAAGCCGUGGAAUUGAUCAGGAAAUCGAUGCCGGACAUUGGUAAAGAAGAUGAGGUCGAGUUGGACAUCGACAUGCUCGAUAACACCACCAUUUUAACUCUUUUCAACACGUUUUUCAGGUCCUAUUCUGAGUCGGCUAUCGGGAAUGGCGCUGGUGCGGACGACACAUCCAACAACCGCAAUUCUUUGUCGCCAAAUUCAGCUGGUUCAAAGAGGGCCAGGCGUAGAAGCAAGGCUUUGAGCGAGCUGGAACAAAACAAACAGAUUGAAAAGAUCAAAAACAAAUUGGCUAUACUGGACGGAGCUUCACCCACAACGGCAAGUGCAUUUAACAACCUUGCUGCCGGUGGAGAAUCUUCCGAGGACGAUGAUGAUGACGACUUAAGCAGCGAAAGCGAAGAAGAGUAG